AUGUUUUUCAUAUUUGCAGCAUUGCGAACAAAUUCAUGUUUUAAAGCGCAACUUAUGGAUGCAAAUCGAGAACGCAUGAGAUAUAUGAAUGAUUGUGCUACAUACAGUGAAAAAUUGACCGAAAUGGAAACUACAAAUGCAGAGUUAAGCAAUAAGCUGGAAGCACUGCAGAGCGCAACUGCAAUGAGUGAUGCAAAUUGUGGAGAAUUAAAGAAGGAAGUUGAAAAAUACCGAAAACAGCUUCAUGAUGUUAUGGAAGCCCAUGAUAAAGAUAUCACCAAGCUAAAGAAUGAAUUAGAAUAUAUGCAGGAAGAAAAGGAAAAAUAUGCUAAGCAGAUGUCUGUCGAGUAA